UUUUUGACACGAACGAAAUAAAAUUUGCACAUCAAAAACAGAUGAGAAAUCAGUCUGAAAUAUUUAUGCGUAUUACCUGAGACGUAUUACCAUCCGACUCAAAAUGCGUUCUGUGUUAGCACAGUUAAAAAAAAACACCUCUGUAUACUUCAAAAACGCUCAGAAAUGCUUUCUGUUGAAGUCCGAUCCGUCGUUUUCCAGCAAAAUUUGUUUAUCCACAGAUACAAGCAUAAUCGGACACUGCAAUAUUGGAACAAUCGGUCAUGUUGACCAUGGCAAAACGACGCUUACGGCAGCAAUAACUAAAGUAUUAUCGAAAGAAGGACGAGCUGAGUACAUUGCUUAUGACCAAAUCGAUCGUGCCCCAGAGGAAAAGGCCCGUGGAAUCACGAUUAACGCGGCGCAUAUUGGGUAUAGUACGUCAAAAAGACAUUACGCUCACACAGAUUGUCCAGGACACGCGGAUUACGUUAAGAACAUGAUUUCCGGUGCAUCUCAAAUGGAUGGAGCUGUGUUAGUGGUGGCUGCCACUGAUGGUCAAAUGCCCCAAACAAGAGAGCAUUUGCUAUUGGCACGACAGGUUGGAGUGAACAAUAUUGUUGUGUUCAUCAAUAAAGCCGAUCAGGUUGAUCAAGAAGUGAUUGAACUAGUAGAAAUUGAGCUAAGGGAACUGUUAAGUGAUUUCGGAUUUGAUGGAAUAAACAGCCCUGUAGUUGUAGGUUCAGCACUUCUUGCCCUACAAGGGGACCAGUCUGAGUUGGGAGAACCGGCGAUACAACGUCUUCUAGAAGCAAUCGAUACUUACGUCCCAACACCAACGAGAGAUUUUGUGUCACCUUUUCUGUUACCAAUCGACAAUGCAUUCACUGUCCCUGGAAGAGGAACCGUAGUGGUUGGUACUCUGGCGAAGGGAACUAUGAAAAAGAACGAUGAUGCGGAGCUCUUAGGAUUUGACGAACAAAUUAAAACAACGAUAGGUGGAAUACAGAUUUUCAAAAAAGAUGCUAGUCAGGCGAAAGCAGGCGACAAUAUUGGUGCUUUGCUCAGAAAUGUUAAAAUAAGUUCCGUUCAACGAGGUAUGCUUCUCUGCAAGGCAGGUAGCCAACGAGUGUCAAACCACUUUGAUGGUACCAUGUACCUGCUUGCGAAAAAUGAAGGCGGUCGUUCGAAACCACUCACAUCUAAGUACAUCCAACAACUGUUUAGUAAAACAUGGAACAUACCAUGUAGGGUGGAUCUUGUAGGCCAGGAUAUGCUUAUGCCUGGAGAUCAUGGCAAUAUUCGGUUAACAUUGUUAAGAAAAAUGGUCAUGUCAUGUGGACAAACUUACACUAUUCGCGAGAAUGGGAAAACUGUAUCAACUGGAAUAAUAACAAAAAUUUUGGAAUAUGUAGAUCUCCCACAGAAUAAACUUAUCAAGUUACAACUAGACCAGUUACAACAGCUCCCUUGAGAAUUGAAUUGUAAAUAAAUGCUCGACCGUAUUAUCGAUUUUUAAAUAUAACAUAAUCUUGAACAAA